AUGAGCUGCGACGAAUCUAGCCAUGUAGAGGUAAACAGCGCCAACCGCCAGAGGCAACCUUUCCUACUUGACGACGACGACAAGGAUGGCGAUAGUGGUUCGGAGAAAGGCGGAUUCCGCCCAACAAUUGAUCUGCAAGCAGAACACAACAUUUUCGACGAGUCCAUAGAGGACAUGAUCAAGGAAAGUCGGCGAGACGUUCAUGACGGUGGUAGGGCUGCAACUCUAUCAUAUCAUGGCAACGAUGAGCUGGAUGGUCUUUUUUGUUCUAGCGACGAGCAGGUUCCAAACGUUGAGCGUUCUCAUGACGCUGUACCCAUCAAGUCAGAGGAGUCUGACGAUGAUUCUGGUUUGAUGAUCAUCAAUCAGGGCGAAGCAUCAUCAAAGGCGCGCGAGAGAUGGUCCAAGCCACGAGGCACACGGAGUACCGAUCUCACCUCACCGCCGAGAGUCAAGCAAGAGCCAGCCGCUGACACUCGUCUAAAUCCUAUGCUUGAAGCCACUGGGCGAGAACCCGCAACGGAAGGAUUAGAGGAAAGACAGGCAGAGUUACACUCGAAAGCGCUGAACGGUGCGAUCACCAUGGAAGAAAUAUCGGAAAUGUACCUGGUCAGCUCGAAGCUCAGCCAAAUUCAAGAAGCAGCCAAGACUGAAAGCAAACCGCCAAAGGUGGCACCAUCUCUAGCCAGCAAUGUGGAUGAGAGAACGGCUGGAGAAAGUAAGAAGAAAGCAAAGAGAAAGUCACAUGCUCCAAUCAAAACCCGUGAAGAAUUCUGGCGCCACGAAGGAAAGGUACGCCUAGACCGCGAGAAGAAAGACGACUACCGCAAAGCGAAGGGAAAGAAGAGAUUGGGAGUAUGCCAAGGAACGUCACGCGACGUCAAACGGAUGAAGAAGUCAGACCAAACCUUGGAAGACGCGGGAGAAGAGGGUGUGAACACAGGAAUUCAACUUCAAAUCAACACGAUACUACGUACAGUCGACGCGAUCCAGGAGCGAGCGGAUGCAGGUAAGCUGCCUGAUGCGCCAGUCAUCAUCGCGACCACAAGAGCCGAGCAACUGAAACAGUUGAGGGAUGCGGCACCAGAUUAUUUUGAACCAGACCUUUUGAGAGACCAGGCAAGGCAACUUCUCCAGUCGACAAAGGGUCUUGGUCCACGUGCUGUCCGCGCCAAAAACGGCCUUUGGAACGUCAAGGGUAUGCUGUCUGAUAUGCAUAAUCACCAACUCGUUGUUGGAGCUUGGAUGAGGAGCCGUGAGCUAAACACAGUACCCAAAAUGCCGAAGGGAGGGAUUCUUGCAGAUUCAAUGGGGCUAGGAAAGACAAUCGAGACUUUGUCAUGCAUUGUGAGAAAUCAAGCAUCGGAGAAACUUCGAGACGAGGGGAAAGGACCAACACUGGUAGUUGUCCCGUCGGGGCAGACGAUCACCCAAUGGAUGGAUGAAGUCAGGACGCACUGCAAUAGGAAGUUCGCCAGGCACAUCAUCCAUUUUAAAGAGAAAGACAAGAUGGAUGUUGAUCCGCUGGCUUUCUUCAAUAUUGUGUUCGCUAGCUAUCAUCAGCUGAGACGUAGCAUUCCUUGCGUCGAGACAAUGGAACAGAAGCGGAGGGAGAUUGCUGACCCUGAAAAGUACAAGAAGUGGCUGGCGGAGGCAACCGGCGUCUUGCAUCGAAUCGAGUGGCAUCGGGUAGUACUUGAUGAAGCUCACGCCAUCAAGAACCACCAAACACACUCUGCGUAUGCGAGCUUCCGGCUGAAGGCCAAGUACCGGUGGGCGGUGACUGGAACGCCGCUCAUCAACGCAGCUUCUGAGUUUUUCUCCUACUUGAAGUUCAUCAGAUGCCAUGGAAUCCAGAAGUUCCGGGACUUUGAACGCAAGUUUCGCGCAGGAGUGAUCUUCUCGCUAACACAUUCUGUCAGAACUCAGGGCGAAUAUUUCCUCGGUCAACCGAUUCUGAACCUGCCAACGACUAAGCCUACCCACCAAUAUCUCAAACUUUCGAAGGAAGAGAUGGUGAUAUUCAAGAUGAUGGAGGGAUGCUUUCGUCGAAAAAUCAACCGUGACAUCGAGCAGGGGACCGCCGCUAACCAGAUGAGAUCUUAUCUGGUAAUGCUACUUCGUUUACGCCAAGCAUCGACUCAUCCAUUUCUACUAGAAGGCAUGAUGGCGGAGUAUUUCACUUCGAAUGAUUUCCAGUCCAUCAAAGAAAAGUUAAAGAACCUCGAAAAUGGCAACACAGUCUAUAACCAGAUUGGUUCUUGGACUCAGAGGCAGCGGAUUGGCAUGGAUGUCAACACGGAGGAUUCACAGCUUCAGCCUUUUGGUCAAAGCGACUUUGGUCUUGCAUUCGACAUGUCCAAACAGAUACAGUACCUCGAAAAGGUCUUGGAAAUAAAAAGAUCCAAAUGCGUUAGUUGCCACCAAAUAUCGCCUUCGAAUUCUUGCGGCUGCGUUUUCUGCUCCAAUUGCGUGGUAGUUCACCUCGCAAGCAAGGGUAGGAAAUGUCCCAGAUGUCGCAGAUUUAUUGGCUAUCCGAAUCCACUGAAGCCUUUCGACAACGAGGAGGGUGGAAAUGCGGGAUCUACCACGCAGACCCUCACUGACAAGGAGUACGCAAAGGGGUUCGACUACACCGGAUUCCAGCACACAGAAGAUGACAAGGACGACAAGCAUGCAGUCAGAUUCUUGCAAGUGGCAGACAGGCAUCCACAUUUGCCACUUACCCCCAGUGCCAAGUUGACGGCUUUGAAGGAGACAGUACUGAGAUGGCAGGCCGAAGCCCCAGAUGAUAAAAUAAUCAUCUUCAGCCAAUUCAAUGUCGUCAUGAAACUCAUUGGCCGGCUGCUCGAAGCUGAAGGAAUCGACUUUGCAUACCUCAGCGGCAAGCAAAACACCGAGCAACGCAACAGGGCCGUAGAUGAGUUCCAGAACGGCGACAAGAUCAAGGUUCUCAUUGUGUCGCUUCGAGCAGGCGGCCAGUGCCUGAAUCUCACAAAAGCAAACCGUGUCAUUCUCAUGGAGCUUUGGUGGAACCAAGCCGUGGAGCAGCAAGCCUUUGCUCGCGUGUACCGCAUCGGCCAAAUCAAGGAGACGCAUUUUGUGCGCUUUAGCGUGGAUACGCCUAUAGAGCAGCGUAUGCUUCAGAUGCAAGCCAGCAAGAUACUUGCCAUCAAUACGGCUCUUCAAGAUGACAAGAUCAGAGCGCCAAAGAUCAGCCUGGAGGACAUUGGCACUCUUCUCGGCAAAGUCACCUUCAGAGACGGAGUCAUUCACCGCAUCUCAGCCGACUAUGAUGAUUACAACGAUGAUUACGACGAUGAUGAUGACAGCAGUGAUGAUAGCAGUGAGAGUAGCAGUGAAGAAGAGGGUAAUCUUGAGGGAUUCGUUGUCUCCGAUGACGAGGAGGAAGCUAUGGAUUCGCUUUCUGACGAGUCGGAAGAGGAGUGA